AUAAUACUUUUUUUUCAUUAAAGACUGCUACAUUUUUAUUAAAUAUAAAGCAAUUUUUUGAUAGCUGAAUUACUCAUUAAUAUUUAUCGAGUUAACAGUUAAUAUGGGUGUUAUCUUAUACUUAGCAAUGAGUAUAAUUGCGGCGUUCAUUACGAGAGUGUUCUUUCUAUUUCAUAAAAUAUUAAGAAGUGAUUGCCAAUUAAUUAGCCCAAAUAGUUAUUUAAGAACAAUUUAUUGCAUCGGGUCUGGUGGGCAUACGACAGAAUUGUUGAGACUCAUGUCUCAUUUAGACUCGAAGAAGUUUCAGCCACGACUAUUCAUUCUGGCAAAAAAUGAUAUCAGUAGUGAAGUAAAAAUACAAGAAGCGGUGGAUGGAUCUGAUGAUUAUACCUUAUAUAGAAUACCCAGAAGUAGAAAUGUUAAGCAAUCAUAUAUAUCAUCUGUAUUCACAACUAUUUAUGCAACUCUUUCUACAAUUCCUAUUUUAUAUAAGUUUAAGCCUGAUGUUAUAUUUUGUAAUGGUCCUGGAACAUGUAUACCUGUUUGUUUGGUUUCUUUUUUAAUGAGAUGUUUUUUUAUUUUAGACUGUAGAAUAGUAUUUAUUGAAAGUUUCUGCAGAGUUCAAACACUGUCUCUAUCUGGCAUAAUAUUACAAUAUUUUGCUGAUAUAUUUAUAAUACAAUGGCCACAGUUAAGGCAUGUAUGCUUCAGAGCUAAAUACUUUGGUAGAUUAACAUAGAUUAUAUUAGUAUUAUAAACUUCAUUUAAUUAAAUACAAAAUCAAUUAAAUAUUUCAAAACAAUUCCUAUUUUCAUCAAUAAUAAUUUAUUAAAGAUUUUUGUUCGCAAUUUUUAAACAAUUAAAAAACAUAUUUUGUAAAAAACAUUUAUUUUGUAUUUAUGAAAUAAACAUUGUAAAUCAAAAGCCUCAUACAUAUGUAAAUGUAUCGUUUCUUUUUUAGAAAUUCCUUAUACAUAAUGAUAUAUAACAUUAUGAAAAUAUACAAAAGAAAAUUUAAACCAAUAGUUCUUAUACUAAAUUAAAUAGUAAAUACAAAAGAGAAAUCACAAUGAAAUUAAUUUAUUUUAUAUAAAUAUAGAUCUACUUUGAAGUAAUAUCUAUGUCAGAUCAACAUUAAUCUAUCUACAAUAUACAAUAAAUGUAAUGAUUCCUUUAUAAAUUGCCAACAAUGUAAAGUGUAAAUCCUUCAGUCUUCACAAUAACUGUGCAUUUCAAUCACCAAUUUUAACAGUCAAAGGGGAUCUAGUGAUCUCCUUUCCAUACUAAAAAUAAUGAAAACUCUAUAAAUAUGUUUGAUUCAUUAAUAUGGGUGAAUCGUAAAUGUUUCUAAGAUAAAUUAAAUCAAAAUUAAUUUGCACAUAUAGGAACCUAUUAGUAACUACUAAUAUAGCUGCUGUUAAGCUUGUAUUGUCACAGAGAACAGACCUAACAGUGACAAUUUAGUCUUUAAAAUGCAAAAUUCUGCAAUAAUUGCAAUUUUUUUUAAUAGCUAUAUUUUAUAUAUUUAUAUCAGAGAUUCCAUCCCUUUUUGCAUUAAACCUCCUAAGAAUAUAAAAUUACUUUCAAUAAUUUUUACAAUUGUAUAAUACAAAUA